AUGUUCAGUAUUAAAAUUUUAUCAACAAUUGAAUGUUUAUCGUGUUUCAAUAUUUUUACCAAAGAAGAAUUAACAUAUAUGUUGUCUAUUGAAAUUAACAAUAUCAAUUAUUUAAAUAAAGCACUUGAACAUUUCAUUAAUCCAGAAAUUAUGACAGGCGAAAAUGCUUAUUUUUGUCCCCGUUGUGAACAUCUUGUUACAGCAAAAAAGCAACUUAUUCUUGAUGAAUUAUCACCAGUAUUAAUUCUCAAUCUCAAAAGGAGUAUUAUGCUUGAUGAUACAACAGAAAAAUUAUCGCAUCAUGUUCGUUACAAUGAAUUAUUAGAUUUUUCUCCAUAUACAACUCAUCGACAAUUUGAUUCAAAUAAGGAAAAUAAUGAAUCUGAUAAUGUUUCGUAUAAAUUAUAUGGUGUUGUUAAUCAUUAUGGUGACAGUCUAGAAUGUGGACAUUAUUGGUCAUAUAUUCGAACUUCAGAUGACAAUUGGUUUAUUGCUGAUGAUGCAUAUUGUCGACGUGUACCACUAAACGAAGUAUUCGAUAAUCCAAAUGCGUACGUUUUAUUCUAUGUUAAAGCAUCAUGUGAAGUGACAAAGUCUAGUACAGCAUCUCAACAGCAACCAUUGCAAUCAUCAUUAACAGAAAACAAAAUACUUUUUCAACCUUUGUCUACAUUUGACCGUUCAACUAUUUCAAAUACAUCUUCCAGAUCAGCUCAAUCAAUCAUUUUUCAAGAUGAAAAAUCUUCAGAUGAAAAACUUUCUAGUGAAACGGAAAAAACAGCAAUCACAAAAAAAAAUGAAUAUCAACAUGAACUCAAAUCAAAAUUAAAUAAUCGUUUAUGUGAUUUCGAUGAAAAUAAUGUCGAUUCAGGUGAAAAACCUAUAGAAGAACGAACAGAAAGUACCAUCACAAUCUGUAAUGAAUUUCCAAACAAAUUAUCCAAAGAACAAACAAUACAUAUUGGUCGUAUAUUUAGUAAUGACGUUACUAAAAGUCUGGCAACUGUAGCAUCAGGUGUACCAAUCGAUGAAGUAUUUGAAGCUACACUUCCACAACUGUACGAUUUUCGCUUAAAUCCAAAUCAACUGAUUAAAAUGUCUCAAAUUAGGAAGGAAGAAUAUAAAAAAAUAGGCGAUCGUAAAAUGAAACUAUUAGGAUUAAUGGAUGAUUCUUCAUCCACAUCGUUAAAAAAGAAACUUUUAAAAAAUACAUCUGCAUUAGUUUCAACCAACCAGAUUAGCAAUGAUAUGUACAACCGAAAGAAAAAUGAUAGUACAAUCACUGCCAAAGUUAAUAUUGAAUAUCUUCAUAUAUUAUUACCUCAUUUAAAGCGUUACAAUGCCACUUGUGCCUUGUGCAUCAGCACACGUUAUUUUGGUAAAAAUAUGUCAAGAUCAAGUGGUCUUCUUGUACGAUGUACUCUUAAAUGUAGUGGCAAGGUCUGUAAAUUUAAAUGCACUGUACGUGUUAUGAAUAAUGGGUACUGCUUCCUUAUUGCAUUGAAUCAAAAGGUUUUUCACCGUGUCAAUGAACGAAUUGGCCGUCCAAUUCGUGGUUCUCAACGACGAGCGAUUAUGGAUAAAUUUAAAGCUGGAGGUUCGGUGUAUCGAAUACAUGCUCAAUAUGAUGAACAACGUACAAUGCAUGAAAGACAAGGUUUUAAUUACGAUACUACUGGAAAAUCAAAAAAGAUUUUUAAAAAAAUCAAAGCUGAAGCUGAUGCUGAAACUCUACUAUCACCGAACGUUAAUUUAGGAAUCUUACAAUUGCAUGAUAAAUUAGCUGACGAAAUAAAUAAUGAAGGUAUAAUUAAAGGUGCACUUCAAAUCGUUCAAUUUCGUCCAUUUUGUAUUGUUGCAUUUACUGAAGCUUCAAUUAGAUUAUAUGAUGCUAUUGUAAGUUAUCCAGAUUCUGUCUUAUCAUGGGAUGCUACUGGUGGUAUUGUAAAAAACUGCUCAGCUAAACAAUGUUUAUAUUAUGAAUUAACAAUAUCUCAUCCAAACGUUGUUAAUGAAGAUAGUUUAGUACCAUUAACAUUCAUGUUAUCUGAAUCUCAAACACUUUUUACUGUUACUCAAUGGUUAUUAACAUUCAAGGAAUGUCAUAGGAAGGUAUUUCCUCACAAAAAAGAUGCAUUUCCUACACCAGCAAUAAUCUUGUCAGAUCGUGCACAAAUAUUUUUACAAGCUGCUUUACGUGUAUUUAAUGAUGAAACUUAUCAACAAUUUCUUGCACGUGCUUACCGUAUUGUUAAUAAUAAAGCUAUUCGAAAUGAUCUAUCAAAAACUAACAUUCAUGCAUGCUUAUCGCAUUUCAUGUUGGACAUGCGUAAACGUGUCAAUAGAUAUUUACCAGAAGAUAUUCGUGAAGUAGCGAUGUGGUCUAUCGCUCUACUAGUAAACACAAAUACAUGGCCAGAAAUGAAACAAAAUUGGCGUUUAAUAUGUCAAGUUUUUCUCAGUUAUUCAACUGAUGAUAAUAUUAAUUUCAAACAACAUCAUGCAACACUUCUUUCUCAUAUUAGUAAAAUUACAGGUGAUCCAAAUUCAUGUCGAGCCAUUAGUCAAUCCAAACAAAUAUUAUCAAGUAUAGAUGAUCCAUAUGAAUUUGAUAAUAAUAAUAAAAAUGAUGAUUAUGACGACAAUCAUUUGCAUACAAAUGGAAAAACUAAAAUUAGUAAUAAAAAAAAACAAUCAAUUAGUUCUCGUUCGCAUCCGUCCGUUACCAAUAAAUCACUAGAAUUAAAUGAAGCAGAUAGUCCAUUCAAGGAAGAAUUGCAAACUAUUUAUUAUGAAUGUGUUGAAGCCUAUAUUAAAAAUUAUGGUGAUCUUUCGUCAUCAGACAAAAUAAGAAAAGGAAUUCGACAAUGGUUAUCUUUUAUAAACCAACGUUGCAUUCCAACAAUUCCGAUUUGGUCGAAUCUUUUGCUUGGAAAUUUAUCACGUCAUGGUACAUCUGCUAUUCGUGCAUUUGAUAAUCUACUUCUAUCUACUCAUGAUCAAAGAACGAACGCUAUAUCAGAACGACGUAUGUCAAUUGUAAAGCGAACUCAACUUGGAACACAGACCCGAAUUCGAUCUGAUAUUGUAAUUGAAAUUCUAAUUCAUGACAUGAAAAAAAUGGUGGAAAAAUUUUCCAUAUCUUUUAUGGCUAUAAUGUUUGAAGAUGUUAAUAGUGAAACCAAUUCUCCACGAUUGAAAGGUGUUCAAGAACGUUGGAGACAAUCUAAUCGUCGUGGUCAUGGUCAUUAUGCUAAAACUCCUGAAAGAUCAACCAUGAAUAAUUUAAAAAAUGCCUUAAUUAUAUCUUUAUCGAAUAUUAAUGAAGAUCUUCUUGUACCACAGCUUUCUGUUCCGAAUUGGCUUAAUGCAUCGAUUGGGCUUUUAUUAUCUAUUAAAAAUGUUCGUGAAACACCUUCACCAUCAACAAUAAAAACUCCGUUACUUUUAGACAUGAUUCACUUCAUUAAAAACUGGAUAUCUGCUUUAGAUCGUCUUAGACCACCGAAAAAGACAACUGCUGAAUUAACAAACUUAUUGAAUACUCAAUUCCACAUACCUGGCAAUGUUUCAACUGAUGUAACUGAACAAUUAUCGUUUAUUAUCCAUAAUAUUCUUCUUCCAGUCAUUGAUCAUUCAUUACCAGUUAAAAAGACUUACCGUUGUGCAUAUUGCAAGCAUACAGUUGAUGUCAGAUUUAAUAUAAAAUAUGUUGAAAUUAGUAUAGUUGAAAAUCAAUUUCGUUUUAUGCAACAAUUGGCAAAUUAUUUUACUGAUAGCACAUCUGAUCAUUUAUGUGGUAAAUGUAAUAUGUUGACGUCACGACAAAUAAAGAUUUCUGAUUGUUCUCCAGUAAUAAUUUUGAAGAUAAAUGAUACAAGUCGUACGUCCAUCGUGUUUCUUCAACAGACAACAACAACUACGGCAGCUGCUUCUAUUUUGCUUAGUCAACCAGUACCAGUACGUCUCAUCGAUAAAUCUACAAACAAAUCAACUGUUGGCUCUAUUCGAUCAUUAACAAUUACUCCAAAAUAA